AUGGGUGCUUUUUCGAAACUUGCUUACGCACUGGGGCAACCCAUCUCAACUGCAACAUGCUAUGAAACUAUUCACACGUGGAACCCGGAUUGUUACGGUGCUUUAUGGGAUGCUCUUGGUGUUGGAUUAUAUUUUUCGGUCAAAACAUAUGCAUCGUUUUAUUUAAUUACAAAUAUAGUUGGAAAACGUGGAAGAAUCGACAAAAUUAGUUGGAAGAAGUUCGGAAUAGAUGUCUUUCAGAGCGCGCUGUUCCUGGUUACUAAUAUGUGCUUCUUUUUGAUUUUGCUGUGCAAAUUCCGGCAAGCACUAGGAUUUUUCACUCCUGUCACGAUGGGACUUAUUACGAGUAUUCUUGCUUCUGGUAUAGCAAUUAUGGUAGAGAAAAAGACACGACGUCCUGCUCUUGCUUUAUAUUUAACUAAUUUGGCAUCUGAAACAUACUACCGCCACUUAGCAAAUCAUGGAUAUGUUAAAAUGUACACAUAUGGAGAGUGUGUCCCAUUUGGAAUUGGGCUCAUGCUAUUCACCUAUCUUCAGACUAAAGGAAGACUCCCCAAAUCUUUUAACGGAUUCAUGAACGCCGCUCUGAAAACAAAUGUCACGGAUAAUGUGAUAAACGAGAAGAAAAUUCCAAAAACCUUCAAGACAUUUUUGGAAAAGUUAAGGAAAGACUAUGAAAAAACAGAAUUAUGUCAACAUCCUCAUUCCUGUGUCAGCCAUUCUGUAGAGAGUUUUGCAAAGAAUUUUUCUUUUGGACUGUUUGCUAGCUCUGCCUUAACUGUUGUCCGGAACUACAGAUCAAUAUUGAAAAACCCAUUUAACUUGAUUACACUUAUAAUUUCAAAGCAAAAUGUGAAACUUCCCUUGUUCGCCGGUUUCCUUCCAUUUAUUUUUAAUGUUUCACGGUGUUUACUAAACCGAGUGAAAGGAGUUCCACCAAUUGUGAAUAACAUGUUUUCCGCUGGUCUUUCUUCUAUUGCUAUGGCAUUCUAUCCAACCGUCAGUAUCGCAAUGUAUUGUCUCUGGAAGGCUAUUGAGACUGUGUAUUUUGAUCUUGUGGAUCGAGGCUACCUGCCAAAAAUCAAGAAUGCUGAAGUGAUUCUGUACUCAAUAACAACUGGAUAUGUUUUAUGGAACGCAGUCAUUGAACCGAGGGCAAUUCGGAGAGGCUAUCUGAACUUCCUUGCGGGCUUAGUCGGUGGAAAAAUCGGCUUAUUCAAUCGACGACUUUACGACCACUUUGGAUAUAUCUCCCGUGACAUCUACACAAAAAUUCCCGAGUUUGAUCAUAAGCACGCAAUGAUCAACCCUCUGCUUUAUAUGCCUCUUGUUGAAUGA